UUGUGACUACUCUGGUUUCAUGGGGUUGUAUUUCAGGGAAAUUCUGGAUCCUGAACACUAGUCUUGGAAGGGAAACAAAGCAGGAGAUUACUUUCAGAUAUCCAGUUUAAAAAUAGUUGUUGGUGUGUGUGUUUGUUUAAAGAUCUCACAAAGCUCCAAUUUAAGUCAGUGAUAGCUUAAAUGUCUGUUUUAGUAGGAGCAGGAGCAGACCCUAAAACUGCAUAUGUGUAAAUAAAUUGCUUUUAUAUACACCAGGAAAAAGUAACUGAUAGCAUAUUCUGCUAUAAUAAAACAAGUAAAAACAAGUCUUACUAAAUUGACUUUCAUAGUUAUCAGAAUCUCUUGAGUUUCACUGCAGUGGUUAUACUUCUUUUCAUGGUAACAGAAGCAUGAAUGUAUAGAAGGGUUGUCAGGUGGUAUGUUAAAUGAUGUAAACUAGAUUAUGGGAAUGGACAAAAAAAGUGAAAUUUUUCCUUACAAUUACAGUGGCAAUUGUGCUUUCGCCUAGAACCCAUUCAGAAAUUAUUAUUGUGCAAUGUUAUUUAUGCAAGGACCCGCACCAUGUUAGACUGUUUAAAAUUAUGGCCUUUCCUCUGAGGAACGUGCAGUAUAAGAAGAUAAUGUACCAAUACAAAGAAAGGCGCAUGCGUGAACAGUGACUGUGGUGAUUGUCUUGUACCAUUUUUUCUUCUUUAUUUUGUAGUUGUUUUAAAGGAGCUUAUGAAUACUUGUGUGUUUUGUGGGAGUAGGGUUAAGAGAGCAUUUGGGUUUGUAGAAUUUUUUGAAGAAAUGCACCUUUAUAUUUGUGUGUGUCAAUCUUGCGUAUAAAAAAAGAACUUGACAGAUAUAUGCAUAAAUGGAUUCACCUACAGUGUGUAACAAUAACGAAUCAAUGCAGCUACAAUUUAAGAUAGGGAGUCUUUUGCUGAGAACAGAAUACAUUACACCAAACAGACACCAAAACAGAGAAAUUGAUAUUUCCGAAUUUGCAUAGAAGAUGAGUACAAAAGUGAUAAGACAUCAAUUCAGUGCACAAGUAAUAUGUUUUCUACACUGACUGUUAUUUCUAUCUAUUGGUCUAUUUCAGUCUAUGGUAUUUUAAUUUCAUAGAUCUUUUGAUGUCAUGGGAUCUUAACUAUACUUGCUAAAGAACGUUUAGCCAGAAAUUCCUUCCUGUGGUUUUAAAAGUGCUGCUUUAUGUAAAUGAGAGGGGGAGUAAUUUGCUGUAAAUGUAUUGUAAUUUGCAGUCCUGAGGUGUGAAAGUGUGAUUUAAAAGGAAUAAUCAUUUGACAGUAUUUAAAUUAGAUAAUUGGAACACAUUAGUUUGAAACUACACAUUUUGAGAAUCAUUCUUUAACCACUUCCAAGCUCCUAAAUGUAGUUUUUGUAGUUGUUUUUCACUAUUAUGUGCGCAUUCCCUGUUAAUGGAUUGAAAUGUUUGUGACACCUAUUAAGUUGUAGUAGUUGUCAGGGCACCUGCUUAAAGUUGGAGUUUAAAAUGCUGACAGCACUUUAAAAUCCAGGUGUCCCAGGUUUCUAUUGUGCGAGUAAAAAUUAACCCUUUGACAAACAAAGUCUCCAAAGUUGGGCCCUGGUCUUGCCCAGUGAUCAACAUGGAGCUUUGUGUCUUUGCGGAACCCUAUGAAAUCAAGGAAGUUCUUCCCUAUUUUAGGUAGUUUAUGUUUUUGGUACCAUGUUAUUUUAAAGAUUGAAGACAAGUUCCUCUACCCACCCAUCCUGGCCAUCAUCCCAAUCCCUGCCAUUCCGCAAGAACAGAUGAUAUUUACAGAAUGUCAAAGUCCUUUAACUAAUUAGUGUUAGUCUUAAAAAAUAAGCAAGAGUUUUCUGCGUACUAUCCUAAAGUAGAAGGGGAAGAUAGUUGCAUGAACAUAUCAGUCUGAAAAAUUCAUAACCCAUUCAAAUUGUUGGGAUAUGCUGAAUCAUAGACUAAUUCUCCAUCAAAAUAAUAUGCCUUGCUAAAGUUUCUAAUACAAAUCUCACAUUGAAUCAAGAGAAAGGUUGUAACAUAAAUCAGUCAAAGUUCAAAGGAAGGCUGGUGCUUUGCAUUUAUCUCCUCUUACUGGAUUCAACCCUGUGAGAUGCUGAGGUCUUUUAACUUCUAUUGAAGUCAAUGUGGACAGAGGACACUCUACACCACACAACAGACACUCAGUAUCUUGAAGCAUAAGACCCCAUGUGUAUCUGAGAUGCUUAGAAAGAAGUUGAAUGUGUUAAAAUGCUGUCAGCCUUUAAAUUUUCUGCUUGCUUGUACUCAGUUAAUUUUAUCACAAAGCUAUCAUUAUUUGCAUAUAGGUUUUAUCUGUAAAUCUAAAAUAGCAGAAGUAUACUUGCAUUGUGGAAUCAAGUGAAUGAGACUAUGAAAGUCUUAUUUAAUAAGUUUUUGCAUUUUCAGAUUAAAUAUGUAAAAACAGGAAAAAAAAGAAUGACUGAACAUUGAGUAAAAAGGGAAUUGUAUAAAAAAAAGUUAGCAAUGAUAAUUACUCUAAAUGUAGUCCAAAUACAUCCAUAUCCUUAGAAUUAAGGAGAAGAAAUGUAAAGUAAUGCUGUCAAGAAAAAAAUGCUUAGGAUUAAUAUAGUGCCUACCCCUUAUACGUAACAUGUUAAAUUAUUUUAAAUGAAAUUUUCUAUUAAAUAGUAUUCUGCAUAUAAAGAACUGUUGCCCUAUGCAUUUUUCUGUCCAUGUUAAUACAGUUCACACAUUUAUUUCAUAAAUGUUGAUAAGAUAGGUUUAAAAACAUACAGCCUUACUUUGCUUUCUUGGUUUUAUAAUAUUUAAUCAACUACAAAUAUGCCCCAUGAAUGUGUGUUAUUUUAGAAUUUAAAUUAUGUUAAAAUAAUGGAAGCUCUACUCUGACUCAUAACUAUGCCUCAUGAUUACUAUUCACAAAAGGAGCUAAGCAACAAAGUUUUUUAUGCUAAUUCAAAUUAAUAUCAAAAGAAGGAAAAGGCUUCACAUAUAUAUUUCUUCAGUGUGUAAUAAUAUAAAGUAAAUAUAACAUGGUUAACAAUUAGCUCAUGUUUCCAAAUAACACUAAUGAUUGUAAUGCACUGAAAUAUAUGCUCAUGUUUCAUGGGAUGAGAAUAGUCUUGUUUUCUUAAACGUAUCUAAUCAAAACCUAAUUCUGCCUUUAACAGCCUUUAUUAAAUGCAGUGGUAUUUAGUAUGCAUCAAUAAAUAAACUUUCAAUUAUUGUGCAGAAAGCACAUCCAAAGAUAACCUGACAAGAUGAAGCCAAUGGACUAUCUAGCAAUUACUCCAUAUAAAGAAUUUUGAUUGAUUUGAUAAUUUUCUUAGUAUCAGGGAGAAUUGAAAUGUCAUAAAAUUCAGUUGUCUUAUAAGGAAAAUUGGGUAGGAAUAUUUUAACAUGCCCCAAAUUUAGAUUUUUAAAUAGACUUUUCCAUCUACUUUGUGAAAAAAUGAAUAAAAAAGGAGUUCUCUUGGGGGAAAAAAAGAACCCUAAUCGUAAUGACCUCUGUAUUUGGAGAAAUAUUAUUAAAUAUAGUUGUCUAACUUUUUGGGGAUGGGGGUGUGAAGAGUAUGUUUACAUGUGCACAGUUAUUCUGGAAACUAUACUUACAAGGCACUGUACAAUACACAUUGCUAUACUGUAGCAUAGUGAAUAGCUUAUUUUAUUUUUCUAAAGUGGCCUCUGCUUCUUUUCCUUAGCAAUAGAGGCAUUUUGCCCAAAUUACAAAAUGCACAUUCAUUAAUGAAUAUACCAGUGUUUGCCCAAACUGCACUACAAAAGUCAAGGCUGUGUCUGUGCCUAUUUUCCUUUAUCUUUCUUGUAACUUUCACUGCUGCUUACUGCUGAAUUGUUUUUCAAGAUUCUUUCUCCUGGCACUCAUUCAUGUGUAUCUAGAGAAGCAUCAGUUUACUCAAGUUAUUGUCCAUCUAUAUAUAACAGAAACUUUUCUGUGUGGUAGUAACCUUUCAAGCCCAAAAGCACAGAACAUAGAUAACAUAUGUAUGUAGCUAGAUAUUUUACAGUGCUAAUGAUUUUACAUGUUUUUAGGCAGUUUUGUGUUUCAGACAUGUUAAAAAGACUUCAAGUAAAUCCCACAAUGCUUGGAGAAUUUUGGAUGUUGCCUACAUAUAAUUCCGCUCUUAAGUUUCACAGCGGAAUUUUAACAAAACUAUGAUUUCUGAGAAAGUGCUGCUGGUUCUUCAUUAAAGCUACAAAUUUCAUAACUGAAUGAGAUUUCUGUAACUUUACCCAAUUACAUGAUAUACCUAUCUUUUAAAAAUCCAAUGGUUGAAAUGUCAGAAACAAUUGGCCAAAAAAGAUUAAAUUAAUUAAUUCCAAAUGAAAGUAAUACUUCUGCUAAUUACUCAGCCUCAAAACUGCAUUUGUCAAAAGAGUUUCUAUAGGCUAUAGAGUAACCGGGUAAUAGUUAACUGUCAUUUUUUCCCUCAAAUUGUCAUAAGUGCUUGAAAAAUGGGGGAGGGGGAGGGCUGAACUGGGCAAAAAAACAAACAAAAAUCCCACCAGACCUAAUCAGUGGCAUGCUCAUGUGGAAUGAGAUCUGCAGUAUUUGUACUGAUAAAAUAUAAGGCUCAAUUAAGCUUUACUUUGCAGUUUUCAGGCUAAAUUUAACUGAUUUAGUGAUUUGCAAAUGAAUACCUGUACGACUCCUAAAGAUAAAUAAAUAAUCCAAAUGCAAAUUAGUGCAACUGCAAUAAAAUAUAUUUGCAAAUGAAUCCUGUUGCUUUGUUCAUUUAUUGUGUAAUUACUGCAAUCCUUCCCACCUUGUUUUCAGUAUUUCUUAAUCAUUAAGUCAGAAGCAUGACAGCAGUGCCAGCCCUGGCGUGAUUCUCUUUGACUAAAACCUUGUAAAUUAACACAAUUAGCACAGCAUCAUCCUGCUAAUUAACUUCCAGUGUCUGGUGCAGUGGUUUUGCAAACAAGGAAGAAAGAGUCAGAAGGGAAUAAACAUGCCAUUCUGUUACCAAACUGUGUGCUCUGUUAGGUUUAGCUCAGUGAGGCUAAGCUGGCCAUGUCAGAUGCCAGAGUCAGGCAAUAAAGAGCUAAAGGUGUUGGGGGGAAAAACAGGAGGGGGUAGAAGCUGUCAAAAUAGACCGCAGUAAUUCAGAAGGGAGCUAGUGCCACAGAUGCUUCAUUUAGACUAGGCCUCCUCCUUAUCAGAGAAUCUGUGCCAGAGGGCAUAAGACAGUUUGCAAAAAUCACUUGGUAAUACGAGGGAGAUUAAGGAGGCCUAUUUGAUACAGCUAUACAAAAACCAGGAAUUGUCUACCAUGCACAGGCUUGAAGAUGCAGUGGACGCCAGAGCAUGCUCAGUGGCCAGAACAGCACUUUGAUAUCACUUCGACUACUCGGUCUCCUGCUCACAAGGUGGAAGCAUACCGUGGACACCUGCAACGCACCUAUCAGUACGCUUGGGCCAAUGAUGACAUCUCUGCUCUGACUGCUUCUAAUCUAUUGAAAAAAUAUGCAGAAAAGUAUUCUGGUAUUUUAGAAGGUCCAGCUGACCGACCCAUCUAUGAAACUCCGUCAGCACUGGUGAAUGGUCGGAAGAAUGAAAACGAACCCUGGCAGCCUUCAGAGAGUGUUUAUCCUAUGAACUGUGUCCCGGACGUUAUUGCUGCCAGCAAAGCUGGAGUAAGUACAGCCCUCCCUCCAGCAGAUGUCUCUGCCAGCAUAGGGAGCUCCCCUGGGGUGGCCAGUAACCUGACAGAACCUAGUUAUUCUAGUAGUACCUGCGGAAGUCAUACAGUACCUAGUCUUCAUUCAGGGCUCCCAUCUCAGGAAUAUGCCACAGGAUACAAUGGAUCUUAUUUACAUACUAGUUACAGUGGUCAGCCAGCACCUGCACUUCCAUCACCUCAUCCAUCCCCUUUGCAUAGCUCUAGCCUCUUACAGCCACCACCACCGCCACCACCAGCCCUCGUCCCAGGCUACAAUGGGACUACUAACCUCUCCAGUUACAGCUACCCAUCUGCUAGUUAUCCUCCUCAAACUGCUGUUGGGCCUGGGUACAGCCCUGGUGGUGCCCCACCUCCCUCAGCAUACCUGCCGUCAGGAAUUCCUGCUCCUACUCCUCUCCCCCCUACCACUGUACCUGGCUACACCUACCAGAGCCACGGUUUGACACCCAUCGCACCAUCAGCUCUGACAAACAGUUCUGCAAGUUCUCUCAAAAGGAAAGCUUUCUAUAUGGCAGGACAAGGAGAAAUGGACUCCAGCUAUGGAAAUUACAGCUAUGGCCAACAGAGAUCUACACAGAGUCCCAUGUACAGAAUGCCCGACAACAGCAUUUCAAAUGCAAACAGGGGGAAUGGUUUUGACAGAAGUGCUGAAACAUCAUCCUUAGCAUUUAAGCCAACAAAGCAGCUAAUGUCUUCUGAGCAGCAAAGGAAAUUCAGCAGCCAGUCCAGCAGGGCUUUGACACCCCCUUCCUAUAGUACUGCUAAAAAUUCAUUGGGAUCAAGAACAAGUGAAUCUUUUGGGAAGUACACCUCCCCGGUAAUGAACGACCAUGGGGAUGAGCACAGACAGCUCCUCCCUCACCCAAUGCAAGGCCCGGGACUUCGUGCAGCUACCUCAUCCAACCACUCUGUGGACGAGCAACUGAAGAAUACUGAUACACACCUCAUUGACCUUGUAACCAAUGAGAUUAUCAACCAGGGACCUCCUGUGGACUGGAGUGACAUUGCUGGCCUAGAUUUGGUAAAGGCUGUCAUUAAAGAGGAGGUUUUAUGGCCAGUGUUGAGGUCAGAUGCAUUCAGUGGGCUGACUGCUCUACCUCGGAGCAUCCUUUUAUUUGGACCUCGGGGAACAGGCAAAACAUUAAUGGGUAGAUGUAUAGCUAGUCAGCUAGGGGCCACGUUUUUCAAAAUCACUGGCUCUGGACUUGUCACAAAGUGGUUAGGGGAAGGAGAAAAAAUUGUUCAUGCUUCCUUCCUUGUUGCAAGGUGUCGCCAGCCCUCAGUGAUUUUUGUUAGUGACAUUGAUAUGCUUCUUUCAUCUCAAGUGAAUGAAGAACACAGUCCAGUAAGUCGGAUGAGAACCGAGUUCCUUAUGCAGCUGGACACUGUUCUAACUUCUGCUGAGGACCAAAUAGUAGUAAUUUGCGCCACAAGUAAACCAGAAGAAAUAGAUGAAUCUCUUCGAAGGUACUUCAUGAAACGACUUUUAAUCCCACUUCCUGACAGCACAGCACGGCACCAGAUCAUAGUACAACUGCUCUCACAGCACAAUUACUGUCUCAAUGACAAAGAGGUUGCACUGCUUGUCCAGCGCACAGAAGGCUUUUCUGGACUGGACGUGGCUCAUUUGUGUCAGGAAGCAGUGGCAGGCCCCCUCCAUGCCAUGCCAGCCACAGACCUUUCAGCCAUUAUGCCCAGCCAGCUGAGGCCAGUUACAUAUCAAGACUUUGAAAAUGCUUUCUGCAAGAUACAGCCUAGCAUAUCUCAAAAAGAGCUUGAUACAUAUGUUGAAUGGAACAAAAUGUUUGGUUG